AUGAGCUCAGAAAACCUUGGAAACUGCACAGAUAUUGAGAUCUUUUUUGAGGAAGUCGCUGAGUGUCUCUGGGACACACUGAGCAGGGAGGAACUGCUUCUCCUGCUGACUGAAUUCCUGAGGAAAAUUGAGGCGAAGGCUGGUUUGUCCAGGAAAGAUGUGGUUGCACUACACAAAUAUCUAAAUGAAUUGAAGGGAGACUUGAUAGAGAAGGACCAGAAAACGCUCACAAAAGAGGAGCUGGACAGGAGGAGGUUUCUGAUUAAGUUUCCUCGGGUGAAACGGCAGCUGGAGGAGCGCAUAGGAAAGCUCCACGAGCUCGCAGACAAGCUUGACAAGGACCACAAGGAGUAUACCAUCUCCAAAGUGGUGACCCACACCACUGGCGUUGCAUCUGGUGCCCUGACCCUCCUUGGCCUGGCUCUGGCACCUGUGACAGUGGGGGGCAGUCUGGCACUCUCGGCCGCUGGGUUAGGACUGGGAGCAACAGCUGCUGUGGCAACUGUGUCCACCAGCUACAAGGAACAUGUAAGCAGGUCAGCAGCCGAAACUGAAGCCAAUAACCUGAUGUCAACUGGCAUCAAGAAAUGGAAGGUUCUCCUAGAGGUACUCAGGAGCAACCCCCAAAUUGUUGAUGCAACAAAGAAAUUGGCAGAAAGCAUUAAAACAAAGAUACAUGACAUGGAAACAGGCAAAGCCAACCCUGACUUUGUACCCAAUGAAGACGACUACUUGGGCUCUGGGAAAAUCAUAGUCCCAGGCACCCGGCUGAUAAAGAAUGCCUGUUCCGUUAGCAUGGCUCCAGCAGCUGUCGCAGGAGCCCGGAUUGUGGGUGCAGCCACCACAGGUGUCUUUCUCCUGUUGGACGUGAACUUGCUAAUAAGGGAGUCAAGGCACUUGCAUGAUGGUGCAAAGGACGGGUCUGCUGAAAGCCUGAGGCAGUUGGCCAGGAAGCUGGAGAGCAAGUUGCAGGAGCUCAACAAGAUGUAUGAACACCUGCAGUAGGACCUGAGUCAGCCACCCCCAGAGCAGUGCAGGGAUCAGGAUACACAUGGGUCAAGGGCUUUCGCCAAGCGGCAGCAGCAGCUGACGGCCAUGAAGGUCCUGCAGAGGAACUGCGCCGCCUACCUCAAGCUGCCCCUCUGGCAGUGA